AUGAAUUUUUUCAAUAUCAUAUUUUGUCUGCUCUGCUUCAGCUUGAUCUUUCAAACACUGAGCGGAGUAAACAGUAAAUCUAAACAAGUCACAUCCAACAAAACUCCCAAUACUUCGACAACAAGCAAGUGCCACAACGUUCACUUCAACAAUUACUAUUCUGGAUCAGCAAGUAAGGACAUCAAGGUACAUCUUCUCAAAAUAGAGAAUCAACUCGCAGAUUUAGAGAAGAAAAUCGAUGCUUUGACGGAGAACAAAACAACUCUGACAGCUAUGAAAAACUGCGCUGAGCUGUACAAAUCCGGCGAAAGAAUUACAGGAGUUUACACAAUCGAUCCCGAUGGUUUGGGUGCGUUUGAUGUGUUUUGCGACCAAAAAUCUGUAGGUGGGGGGUGGACAGUAUUCCAGAAGAGACUCGAUGGCUCCGUUGAUUUCAACAAUCGCGGCUGGGCGGACUUCAGACGUGGAUUCGGAAACUUAAAUGGUGAGUUUUGGCUCGGACUGGACAAGGUACACCGCCUGACCAAAACAAAGAGUAGACUGCGAGUGGAACUUGAAGACACACAAGGAAAGACAGCUUACGCUGAAUACGAUAUGUUCUCUGUUUCCAGCGAAAGAAAUAAAUACAGACUUGGCCUUGGGAAGUAUACAGGAACUGCUGGGGAUUCUUUGAGCUAUCAUAGGAACAUGGCAUUCUCCACCAAAGAUCGCGACAAUGAUAAAUACUCGGGCAACUGUGCCGCAUACUAUAAAAGUGCUUGGUGGUACAACAACUGUGUUCGUGCCAACUUAAACGGCUACUAUUACCACGGUUCGCACGUCGGGUCUGCCUAUAGCGGUAUCAACUGGAAUACAUGGAAGGGUUAUAGUUACUCCGCUAAGAGAGCUGAAAUGAAGAUCAGGCCCGUGGACUUUUAAGCUAAAAACAUACACAAUCAAGGAAUACACUACAUGAGCUAUAGUUUAUCAGCUUUUCUACAUAGUUGAGUGAAACAGAGUAAAAAGCAAUGUAAUGUGCUUUAAUAUUUGAAUGGGUCUAACACAAAGUAAUGGGUUUAAUAAACUG